CAACUCCAUCACCCCAGACAGACUCUUACAACAACACCACCACCUCCUUCACAAUACACACAGUAACUCACCAUGAUGGCAAAUACUAACCCCACCACCCUCUUCACCCUCUUCAUCCCCUCCACCUCCGGCACCAUCACCUGCACGAACCCAUCACCCCCCUCGAACCCGCAACCCAUCUACCUCCUCACCUUCACCUCUCCGCCCGACAACCGCCUCACGCCCACCUUCAUCGACGCCCUGCUCCUGGCCCUCGAUAUCGUCGAGCACCGCUACCCGAAAGGCGUCCUGAUCACCACCAGCGGCAUCCCCAAGUUCUACAGCAACGGGCUGGAUCUGCAGCUCGCGCAAUCCACCCCCAACUUCGUCGAGAAAUGGCUGUGGAAAUUAUUUAGACGCUUUCUUGGCUACCCCAUGCCCACCCUCUCCCUCCUAAACGGCCACGCCUUCGCCGCCGGCUUCAUGCUCUCGAUGUACCACGACUACCGGAUCCAGAACCCCUCAAAGGGAUUCCUCUGCAUCAACGAGCUCGAAUUCGGGGUGCCGCUGCAAGCGCCCAUGAUGAGCGUGUUCCGGGAGAAGCUCACCCCCGUGGUCUUCCGGGACGUGGUGCUGGGCGCGCACCGGUUCCCGGGGAAUGAGGCGCUGAAGGUGGGGAUUGUGGAUGGGCUGGGUGGAUUGGAGGAUGCGGUGAGGUUUGUGGAUGAGAGGGGGCUGGUCAGGUUGCCGCGGACGGGCAUCUAUGGCGUGAUGAAGGAGGAAAUGUAUCGCCAUUCGUGGGGCAUUUUGGAUGAUCAUGAGGGGAAUGUGAGGUGGAGGGGGAGGGUGGAG